GGAUGACGUGGCCAACCGUGAGUGGUUGACCCCUUUGCCAUUUGAGCACCCAUGCUUCCACUUGAGCACUCAUACUCCAGCAUUAAAUGCGCCCCUGUCACUUGAAAGACCUCCCAAUCAGCUCUUUAGCCUGAUCCAAUCAGCAACCAUGAAUUUCGUUUUUUGCUGUCAAGUGUUAUAUUCAACCCGUUCGGGAAAUAUCCAAUUGCGAAGAGCCCGUCCAGGAGUCUACUGUUCUGUCUGGUGUUUGUUGGGCUCUGCUACUUCUUUGGGCUUUAGGGAUAUUUUGGGUCGGGUUAAUGGGUCGGAACCUAUUAUCCCAACAAAUGUCAUGACUCUUUUCGAUCAAAUUAGUAAUACAAAAAUCAUUAAAAUUAGUAAUACCUAUCAAAUUGAGAAUAUACAACUCAUCAUAUGCAUCAUUGUAUACUGCAUGAUGCACACAAUAUUAAGAACUUGCAAUGGGCAAUGCACAAAGUGCAUUUAAAAGUGAUUAUUGUAAUAAGUAUAGGGGUUAUUUCCUGAAUAUUACUAAAUUAAUGUUGAUUUCCAAAAAUGUGACCAAUUUUACAUUUGGACAAAAAUGUGACUAAAUUAAAGUGACAACCAAAUAUUCAUGUAAUCGUCCAAUUUUCAUGUCACUAUCGGAUGUCACUACUACCACCGCACGUGUCACUGUCGCUUGUGUCACUGACGCCUGUGUCAGUGCUAUCACCGUGCGUGUCACUGCCGCCGCUGGUCACAGUGACACCUCCAUAGUGACAACUCCACAGUGACAUUUCUGUAGUUUUAUCUCUACCCAAACUCUGGUCAUAGUGACACCUCUGUCGUAUGGCCACCGCCGCUGACGGCCAUAGUGAAACAGAAUUACUCCGGCCACUAGCCUCCGGUUAGUUACCAUCGGGAGCGGUUAACUGAAUUUUACGGUUAGCGACCACCACUGGCAACCACCACCUCCGGCCACUGGCCUCCGGUCAGUUACCACCGCCUCCCCAGUGGUUAACUGAAUUUUACGGUUGUCAGCCACCACUGGCAACCACCACCUCCGGCCAACAUCUGCAACCUCCGUUGUCAACCACCACACCCCAGCCCCUUGCCUCACCCACCCCCACUCCCCUGCCUCACCCCACCCCCCAACCUCACCCAUCCCCCCUCCCUGCCCCCUCCUUGCAUCACCCCUCCCUUGCCUCACCCAGCCCCAGCGGCCAAUCCUCUAAACCCUAGCAAUGGAGACCAUCACAGAGGGAUAAAUCGAAGAAGAAGGGAUGAAAUAGCAGGAGGAAUGAAAUCACAAAGCUUCACUAGUCGUCAAUGGAUUCCAAGCUUCGCUCGUCGUUCAUUGGAGCCAUCUCCCACCAGUCGUCAAUGGAUUCCAAGCUUCGCUCGUCGUCAUUGGAGCCAUCUCCCAAGCUUCAUCCUUUAUUUUGAGCUCGCCGAAGUGGUGACUCAUCUGGAGUUGAGCGGGUAUGGAGCAGACACGACAGAAGAUGAACAAAGCUUGUGAAGCGGGCGGCGUCUGCUGGUGUAGACGGUGAGAUUUGUUGUCUUUGGCAAAGCCGGUGACGAAAGAAGAUAUGUGAUGCAUAUGCGCAGAGCUGGUAGAUCUUGGAUGAAGAUCCGGAUGCCAUGCGGGUAGUGAUGGACCCGCGCCGGUUCUGUUCCGGUUCCAGGCUGGGCCCGGGCGGGUUUUUUUUGCAAAUCCUUGGGCCCGGAACCGACCCGGGUUGAUACCGGGUCAGGGCCUAACCGGGUCAGGUCGGGCCCGAUUCAAUGUUUUUUUUUGCUUUCUUGUUAUCCUCUAACCCCCCCUCACCCACCCCAAACCUCCCCAAAACAUCCAGCCCUACCCUAGGAAAAGAAAAAAAAUGAAAAAACAAAAAAAAUGACCCAGGCCUGGCCCGAGCCCGAACCGCCCAGACCGGUUCGCCCAAAACUGGGCCCGAGCCCGACCCGCCCGACCCGCCCAAACGGGCUAAAAGCCCGGAACCGGCCAACCAGUUCUGGUCCGAUCCGGGCCCGCACAGUUGCGGGCCGGGCCGGCCCGGUUUAGUCCAUCCCUACAUGCGGGGGACCUGUCUAAUUCUCACGUAAGACGAGAGUGGGGCGUCACUUUUUUGGGAAAACAAAAAGUAGUCCUAUUUUUGGAAUUAGAAACUCGGGUAGUAAUAUUAGUGUCAUUGUUUCAUAAAUAAAGUAUAAAAUGUAUAUAAGUGCACCUUUAUUUAUUUAUUUAUUUAUUUAUUUAUUUAUUUAUUUAUUUAUUUAUUUACACUUGCAUAUUUACAUUUGCUUAUUUAUCUUUAUAUAUAUUUAUGGUUCACGAUCUUUAAAUUCAAAUUUUUAGUUCUAAACAACUAGUCCAACUAGUAUAAUAUAUACUAUACACACACACACUCAAAGAUAAUAUUAUGUGCUUGAAUAUUAAGUUUUGGUUAUUGUUUUUCAUGAUUAUUUUUGUGUACAUAUUUUUUGUGUAAGUGGUGAGCGGCCUUACCGGCCUAUAAACAUUAUAAUUAAACAUGUUAACAAUUAUUAAAAUUUUGUAAUAUUGUUUAAAAGGUGUUAAAAAGUGUGUAUAAUUUUGAAAAAAUUAAACCCCCCGUCCCCCGGCCGGACAGCUCGGUGGACUACCCAACCUGCUUUUAUGGUAUGGAUAUGUGAUUAGGCGUGUUUCCUGUGGGUCGGGCCGGACCUAUAUUACCAAUAUAAGUGAAAAAAAAUUAGAAAAUAGCUUACCCAAAUCGUCUUUGUGCUUGUCUACGAUCCACGAUUUUAACAAAUUCGUAAGAAGGCCCAACAGUUGCUUGAUCUUUUAGACGGAUCUUUUAGGUCCAAAAUAAAAGGGAUUUUUUCAGAAGUAGGCUGAAAAACAAAAAUAAUAUCACUUUUAUCAUCUUUGAUUUUUGUUUUCAAAAAUAGACAAGAAAAAUUUUUGUUUUCAAAAUUAGCCUUGCACCUUACUGCUUGCUCCGUAGACCGUAACCAUAUAUUACUACGUAUAACUUACUAAUCCUAUAUACUACUCCAUAUCACUUUCGUUGAACCACUAAAAAAAGGCAAAUGUUCACACAUAAACAAAUCUGUAUAAUAUGGAUUUUUUGUGAUCUUUGGGGGAAAAAAUCGUAAAUUUCAAAAUCUGAAAAUAACUGUAAAAAUGUUUACAAUAAAACAAAACAAAAAAUAUGUAACUUUAAAAAAGAGAACUAUGAAAGUUGUAGGUAACUUUUUUAUUUCUUACGAUACUAAAACAUGAAAACAAAUUGAUUUUUUUUAUUUUAUUGAAAAUCAAAAUUAGAAAAAAAAUGUAAAAAACUAUAAAAAUGUUGAAGAAAUGAAAAAGUCAGAAAAAUAAUAAUAAAAUUAAAAUAAACAUUAUGUAUAAGGAAAUUUUAAAAACUGAAAAGGAAGAAAAAGAACAAAAUAAGAAAAUAAAAAAAUGAAAAAAUAAAUGUACAAAAAAAUGAAUUAUAAAAAAAUUAAAAAAUAUACAAAAACACAAAUAUCUA